AUGGCGAAAUUUGAUAUUCCAGAGAUGAGAGAAUACAAAAGAGAGUAUCCACCAGAGCACUUCAUCGUGGAAAUAAAGCCAUACUCCUUGCUAUCAAACACCAAAGCAGAAAAGUACGAGUCUGGUGUCUUUGAUGCUGGUGGUUACAGAUGGAGGCUAUCACUUUACCCAAAUUACGAAACAACAAGUAAGAAGGGUUACAUCUCCCUCUUCUUGGUAUUAAUAGGGAGUGUGUCCGGGAAGCAGUCGCCGGCCGAAGUUUAUGCCACUUUUAGAUUGUUUUUAUACAAGAAUACACCUGAAACACAGGAAUACUUGACCAUAGAAGAUGGUUCUGGAAAAGUAAAUCACUUUCAUGAGGAGAUGAGGCAGGAGUUGGGUUUUGCAAAAUUUCUUCUCCGUUCGACUUUCGAGAAACGUUCUGAGGGAUACGUUUGGGACGAUUGCUGCAGAAUCGGAGCAGAGGUUUUUGUUCAUAAGGGCCAAACGAAAACUCUUGACGAAUAUCUUCCCCCUCGGGAACUCAAAAAUCCAACCUCAAGUGUCCGUAAGUUUAGGUUGGGAAGCAUCUCAUCAAAACGUGACCCAAAGUGUCUAUCUUCAGAUAAAUUUCAUCUUCAAGGAAGAAAAUGGAAGUUAAGUGUUUGUCAGAACGGAGAACCAGAGAACAAAUCACUGUCAUUUAUGUUAGAAUCGAAAGAAGAUUGGAAGAGCUUUCCGAGCUUUUAUGCAAAAUUCAGGGUUCGGGUAUUGGAUCGAGUCCAUGGUAAACAUACUAUUGAAAAAGAAGUUCAACACUGGUUCUGUUCCUCAAACCGCAAAAUUGUUUUCCCAGACUUUAUGCCGUGGAAAACUCUCCGUGACUCGUCAAAGGGGUUCAUUAAGAAUGAUGUAUUAACUGUUGAAGUAGAAAUAUGCUCGCUAUCUGUGGUUGAUGCUCCUAGAAUAUUAAAAACCCCAUAG